UCCGCAAAUUGCGCUCGGGAAUUUCCCUACGGCGAUAGUUACAUAACGUGUGUGAUUAACUAAACAUUAAAAAGUUUCGUGACAUUCCAAAACACGUUGCUGCCCAAAAUGUCGAUUCUGCUUGAAAAGGACGUUGGUAUGACAGAGUAUAUUGGAAAACAUAAAGGGUUUACAGGAAUUCUUAAGAUGCGUUACCAGGAUUUCAUGGUAAAUGAGAUCGAUCUGCAGGGAAAGGUUGUUCAUUUGACCAAUUUUGAUACGGAAGUCGUAAGGGAACAUGAGCCUAUUGAAGAGAAAGCAGUGUUGCACAUUCCAAAUGAUGUUCUUUCAGCAGAAGAUAUUGAUGGGUUGAAGAAUCUGGACGGCAACACUGAAAAAGCUGCAUUUUUUGUCAUAAAAACGGUUGGCAUGAGCAAGUCACAACGAACGGAAAUACACAAAACAGUGAGUCAGCUCUUUCCGAAGCUUGAAACAAAAACUGUGAAAAAUGAAACAACAGAUGAACAAGAAAUCAAAGUUAUGAAGUUUUUCUCAGAUUCAAACAAACGCAAGAGGAGCAACAAAGACCGAGGUUUCCCGUAUUGCAAGUUCGUCCUCUACAAAGAGAAUAUCGCCACAAUGGACGCUGUGAACUUAAUUCUCAAGAAGUUAAACCUUAGACACGCGAGGUGUUUUCAAUAUGCUGGAAACAAAGAUAAGAGAGGGGUAACAGUGCAGGAAGUAACGACAUCAAUCAGCCCUGAGCGUCUCGUACCUGUCAAUCAAAUUCUCAGCAAUAUUAGAGUUGGGAAUCUUGUUUCGUGUAAAACAGCGAAGCGACUCGGAGAUUUGAAUGGAAAUCAGUUCUCCAUUGUGAUCAGAAACACUCUUGAUAUUGAAGAAAGCGAUUUAAAAGCGGCGAUCAAAUCUUUCUCACAAACUGGGUUUAUAAACUACUUUGGAAUGCAGAGGUUUGGGACCAAUAAUGUCCCAACGUAUGAGAUUGGGAAAUCCAUAAUUUCAAGCAGAUGGGAAGAAACGGUUGAUUUAAUCUUGUCAUCUUGUUUUAAAGAUUGCAGCGAAGAGACGAUAAAUUUGAUUCGAAAUUGGAGAGAAGAAAACAACGCUAAGAAGGCGUUCGAUAAACUUAACAGAAGAUCUUCAUUCGAAGGAUAUUUGUUGCUUGGAAUAUCCCACUUUGGUCCCAAACAGCUUGUCCAAUCACUGGCACGCAUUCCUCGGAACACUAGAAUGCUCUAUCUCCAUAGUUACCAGAGUUUUGUUUGGAACCGAAUCGUGAGUCGUCGGUUUCUCACAUUUGGGGAUUCCCCGGUGGUCGGUGACCUCGUGUUGGCUGGAAACGAAAAAGAAGAAAAAUCUAUUGGACCAGAUGCAAAGAAACAAAAAGUAGAAACAGAAGAGUCAGAACGUGAUGAAUACGGACUUCCUGAUGUUGUUGUUGUUACUGAAGAAAAUAUCGAUAAUUACUCCAUUCAUGAUGUCAUAAUGCCAUUACCGGGUCACAAAGUAACUUAUCCAACCAACAGCGCACUCCAGUGGUAUAAAGAUGAGUUCAAAGCAGCGGGAAUCGAAGAAUCUAUGUUCGACCAUAAAGUGAAAGAAUAUUAUUUGCCGGGCGCUUAUCGAAAAAUAAUCAACAAACCAAACGACGUAGAAUGGGAUAUUGUGAAAUACAAUGAUUACCAGAAACCUUUACUGGCAUCGGAUAAAGAUAUUUUACAAGGAGGGGAGAGGCCCUCUGGUGAGAAAGACGGGAAAUUCACAGCCUUAAGAAUUUCGUUUUCACUUUCUUCAUCUUGUUACGCGACAGUUGCCAUGCGUGAGGUCAUGAAGCGUGACAUGUCAUCGGCCAAUCAGACGCUGCUAGGAGAUAAACAUAAAAUGGAAUGUUCGAAUGCUGCGCCAACCAGUGUGAAUGUUGCGCCAACCAGUGUGAAUGUUGCGCCAACCAGUGUGAACAUACUGGCAAAUACAAACGAAUGACAAAAGUUAUAUCAUCUUUAACGGGGGUGCUUUCAAAAUCUGCCAACGCAUUAAAACUUGUCGCUUAAAUAAAAGAUACAUCGUGCUCA